AUGAAUGAAUCGACAGAAACUAAGUCAAGUAACAUUUUUACACGUUCAUGGAAAAGAUUAACUACUAGAAAAUCAAAAAAAAAUAAUUUACAGUUACCGGAGGAGGCUAUUGAUGCAUUUGAUGAUCAGGUUAUAGAUACAAAUGAUCGUGCAAAUGCUAUUCCUAAAACUUCCAGUGAAAAUUCACCACAAAAUGAUUCAAAGAUGAUAUCAACUAUCUGGGAACAACAAUGUUUAGAUGCUAGCAACAAUUCACAACCAUUUUCAAAAAAAAUGGACAAAUUUGAUAAAUUUAGGCAGUCAAUAAGAAAGAGCUUAAGGUUAAAACCAAAAGAAAAUAAGAAAAUGAAUGGGUCUUUACAAAGUGAUAAUAAACUUGUACCAUCAAAAUCUACUAAUACCCAGACGACCACUUCCGCUAACCAAAAUAAAACUUCUGCCUGGCAGCCUGAUGAAAUUGCUGUUAGGAAUGGUGUAUGUAGUUUUCCUGUUAAAUAUCUUGGAUGUACGGAAGUAUUUGAAGGUAGAGGAAUGAAUGUUUGUGAAUCAGCUUUAGCAACUUUAAGAAGUAGGAAAAAGAAACCUGUAAAAGCUAUACUAUAUGUAACUGGUGAUGGAUUAAGAGUUGUUGCAAGAGAAACGGGUUUAAAUCUUCUUGUUGACCAGACAAUUGAAAAAGUAUCAUUUUGUGCACCUGACAGAGAAAAUGAUAAAGGAUUUGCAUAUAUUUGUAGAGAUGGUACAACACGACGAUGGAUGUGUCAUGGAUUUCAUGCUACAAAUAAUUCUGGAGAUCGCCUUUCCCAUGCUGUAGGUUGUGCCUUUUCUAUUUGUUUAGAAAAGAAAAAGAAAAGAGAACAAGAUGCUGCAAAUGCUGCAUUGUCACCAAAUUUAUUUGAUUCUUCUCCUUCAUCAAUAAAAGGUAAUACAAGUGAUUCGUGUUCAGUAAAAGAAAUUGAUACUAAUUUCGGUCAUGGCAAUAAAGCAUAUCAAUCUUUUCGAAGACAACUUUCAAUAAAUGAAAGGAUUAUUGAUCCUCAGUGUGCCAUUGUCUUAGAAUCAACACCAUCAAUAACACCAUCAUUGCCACAAAAUAUUGUUAAACCACGACCAGUUGGUAAUCCAGCAUUAUUUGAAAGGCAGUCUUCUUUACGUGCACCGGAAAAUAGUUUAAAUCAUCCAUUUAAACGACUUCACUCUUUACGCAAUGAAACAAUGACUACUAAAAUUCGAAAUUCUGAUUAUUGUAUAAAAAAUCCUGAACCAAUAUGGGAAGGAGAUGAGUUUUCUUCAUCAAUUGAAGCAUCUAAAAAUAAUACACAAACAGGACCUAACUUUGAUUCUGUAGAUUUGAUAUUACUUGAUCCAAAUUCAAUGACAGAAACAAAUUCUAAUUGUAAUUUGUAUUCAUCAUCAUCUGUAUCAUCAUUAUCACUACCUAAAACAUCAAAAUGUCAGACGACACCUCCAGCACUACCACCAAGACCUACAUCUGCUAGUACUUCCACAAGGAAACCUUCUGUAUCUGUAACUGAGGUAGCUGAUUCCUGGCUUCAAGACACUUUUCGGUCGUCUUUAAAUCAAAAUUCUCAUAAUGAGGCGCAACUCACAAAUUCAGUUUCACUGACAAAUUUUAAUAAUCCUUCAUCUACCACAUUACAAUUAAAAUCAAAUGAUCUAUUAAAUUCAAAUUGUAACAACUUACUACUAGAUACAAAUAAUCUACUUGAGGAAAUUACUAAAACUCAUAUAUUUGAUUGGCCAAUAAAUGGAUCACCUUUAUCUUCAACAAAUAAUAUUAAUGAUCCAUCUUCAUUAGGAUAUAGGCAGUUUAGGAAUUCAAUGGAAUAUAAUCAGUUAGUGGAGGAAAAAGGUUCAAAUAAUACUUUAAAUAAUAGUGUCAUAUCAUCAGUAUCUACAAAACAUUCUACAAAAACUAAUAACUUCAUUAAGUACAAACCAUUAUGUGAAUCAUCUUCAUCAUUUUUAGAUAGUCACUCAAUAUCAGAUAAUAAUUUUAAAAAUUUAGAUGUAUUUGGACAACCAGUAUUUAAUCCUGUCUCCUCAUCUUUUUUAACUCAGGAUCCAUCUUCUAAAAAUGGAAAUAAUACCAAAAUAUCUCAAGAUAUUAAAUUAACAAAUAACUGUAGUAAUAUAAGUAACGAUGAAAAUACAAUAAAAACUGACUCACCCAUUUCAUUAACACCAUCAAUCGUUCCAAAUGAAGAUCCUUUUGAUAUUCAAUGGACAGAAUUGACAAUCAAAAAUUUAGAAAGCUUUAGAAAUUCAAAUAUUUUCCAAGCAUCAUCAAAAUCAAAUUCAACUGUAAAAAUUUAA